UGGGAGCGGCACCUGCCCGGCACCACGCCGUCGAUCUGCGUUGCCCCUUCCGUCAGCCGCCCCACCUACUUCUCCACUUCUGCAAAAGAUGCCUCGCUAUGAGCUGGCUUUGAUCCUAAAAGCCAUGCAGAGGCCUGAGACAGCUGCAACACUGAAACGCACAGUGGAAGCUUUGAUGGAGAGAGGAGCAGUGGUGAGGAAUUUGGAAAACCUGGGCGAAAGAAUGCUGCCAUAUAGAAUCUCAAAGCACAAUCAACGUCACACCAGAGGAGGGUAUUUUUUGGUAGACUUCAAUUCUCCACCAACAGUUGUUUCAGCCAUGAAGGACCAUUUAGGGCGUGAUAUUGAUGUGAUCCGGUCUUCCAUUGUAAAGCAUCAUGUGGCAAAUUCAGAAGAAUGCAUGGGCAUGAUACCAGUCGGCACUGAAGAUAAACUAACAAAGAUGACGAAAUAAAUAGCCGAAGGCCAUAGAGGCAUUGCUACCCCUAAUUUGAACCUAGUUGUAAGGAUCUGUGAUUUAUGCAGUGUGCGUAGGUGUGUUACUUUUGACUAUUCUGCAGCAAAUGAAGUUUUAUAUAUAUUCUUUGUAUUUUAAAAUCAGGGCAUUUCACCCCCAAAGUAUUGCAUCUGUUGCUGAAGUUUAUCUUGCCCUAGAAAAUUCAGGCUGCUGUCUUAAUGCAUGCUAAAAAAGAAAAAGAAAAAGAAAAAGCAAGCCCCAUUGAACAAAAUAGGACAUGAUGCCAAGUAUACAUGCACAGACUCAAACUGUCAAACUACCAUUGUUUUUUCAGAUAGGACCUUUUCAGAUAUCAUAUACGGUUAUAAUGCUCUACCAUGGUGUAAAUAACAUUAAAUGCAAAAUUUGUUAAUGAAUGUAAUAAAAAAUACAAAAAAAAUUAAUGACUGGUUUAUAAAGGAACAAACAUUUAGUAAAUUAAUUCUGGUCACUAGCAUACUGUUUUCAAUGCAUAUAAAUGCUGUUGGGUUCAUGGAAGUUAAGAAAACGAUAUGACUAUACAAAAAUGUACAUUGCAGUGUUGGUUUUAUUUUUACAAAAUAGAACUGGACACUAUCUUGAUACAGUGAUACCUCGACUUACGAAGACGAUCCGUUCCGCGGCCGUCUUUGUAAGUCAAAGUCUUCAGUUCUCGAAGCGCCCGUUCUGCACAUGCGCAGGAUGCGCGCACGAUGAAAAGACUUCCGGGGUUGUCGACUUUGGAAGUCGAAACCUUCGGAAGUCAAGUCAUUCGGUUGUCGAGGUACCACUGUAUUUGAUUUUAAUAUAUUCCUAAAUAUAACUGCUGGCUUCUUCUCCAUUUAGAAAUUCUAAUUGUGUGGAUUAAUAAUAACAAUUACAUUAUCUCAAUGGAUGGAUAGAUUCAAUAAAGCCUUAGCAAUUUCCUAAUGUUAUUCUCAUUCCAUGUUUUUCCUUCACAAGACUCUAGUAAUUUUUCCUGUGCUGCUCCUUUUUUAAAGGUUAGGAAAGACUUUUUUUUUAUAAAAAAGUUUACAUUUUUAUAAGGGUCUGGUGACUUCUGUUUCAGGGUAUACACACAAAGCUCAUACCAAUGACAAACUUAGUUGGUCUCUAAGGUGCUACUGGAAGGAUUUUUUUAUUUUGUUUUGACUGCGUCAGACCAACACGGCUACCUACCUGUAACUACAUUUUUAUUUUCAUUGUAACAAGUAACAAUAAAAAAGGAACAACACCCUUCUGCCAAUUGAAAACAAAACAGCCAUACACAGGAUUGUAUACACAUGUAUAAAAAAGGGUGUACCAAAUAAACUUGGUAUAACAAGACUAAAAAAAAAAAGACCAUACAACGAAAGGACAUACGAAAGUUCAGAGUCAAGGUAAGUGGUCAGACCAAAAAACCAAGUGGCAACACAGAGGACAUUUAGUACAUCCUGCUUGCAUAAUGUAAGGCAAGAAGGGCCGUCCACAAUUCCAAAUUCAUCAGAUUUUUAUCAAUCCUUUGCUAAACCUGCUCAAUUGGGUCAGUUACAGAAGACAGAAGGUUUAUGUUUGAGGUUAAAACAAACUUUGUACCUUGGUUCCCAAACUUAAUCUGUUCUGGAAGCCUGUUCUAAAACCAAAGCAUUCUAAAAACAAAGGCGUGCUUUCCCAUAGAAAGUAUUGCAAAAUUAAUUAAUCUGUUCCGGACAAUUAAAAACAACCCCUAAAACAGCAAUUUAACAUGAAUUUUACUAUCUAAUGAGACCAUUGAUCCAUAAAAUGAAAGCAAUAAUCAAAGUACUGGACUUUAAAAUAAAUAAGAUAGUAUGGUAGAUUAUUUUUUCUUAUGUGCACUGAUGAUACUCAUUGUUUGCUUUUAUCCAUUUUUACAGUCACACAAUCGAUCAAUCAGUAGCUGAACUGGGUUCCACGCAGUCACAAAAACAAGUCACAAGCCACAGUCACAAGUCAGUCCCAUCAAACAAAGAACAAGUCACAGUCAAAAAAAUGAAAAAGCCACACAAAAAUGCAAAAAAAUUGCAAGACAAAAGCUCCAAAUAUCACCUCUGUGUUGUGUGGGUGUUCGGGACUCAACAGGAAGCCUCUGAUUAGCAGCAGGGGACUCCGCAGGAAGAGGAACAUGUUCAGCUUCCAAGGCAAAGUUCACAAACCGGAACACCUGCUUCCGGGUUUGCAGCAUUCUAUUUCCAAGUUCUUAAACUAAGCUGUCCACUGUACACUUCAAGCCUUGCUUGAGCAUGAAAGUUUACUGUCAUAUCUGCUGGUAGUUGUUGAUUUAAGUAAGAACAGGAAUGUUGUGAACCCCCUACUAUAUGUAUCACUGUUGAGGUAAAACCAGGUUAUAGUGCUUACAAAAACAAGGAAAAGCUAAAAUUAGGAACCUUUCUGGUGACAGCUAGAGCAACCACAGCCACAAAGAUGAUGGAUUCAAAUACUAAGCGGGUGCUUUGACCAGUCAUCCUGCCAAAUAUAGCAAAGCCUUUAUAUACUGGUGUUAUCCUAGUUCAUAAAGGUGCUUCUCUAAAUCAGAACUUUCUGUGUGAAUAGUUCAUUUGAUUUAGUAGGUAGUUCACACAGACAUAUUCGAGUCUUCCAAUCACCCCACUCCACAUGCACACUUCCCCCCCCCCUGUUCCCAAUAUAAAUUAACCGCUGCUCAGGUCAGUAAUUACCAGUAGCUAUUUUAAGCUACUAACACGCAUAAUAACUAAAUGUCUGUUUGGAGUAUAUGGUGACUUAAUGCCAAGGGGUUUGUGUAUUUUGGGGUAAAUGACAGUUUCAGUAAGCUGAGCAAAAACCCUGCUGUAAAGUAUGCAGAAAGUCCCACUAAAAACAUAUUGAAAAGCCAAAUUUUCCAGUAAUGUACCUUCACAUUACUGGUUUUCAGUAUCACUUUUGAGAUAGCUUGUAUCAGUAAUCUUGCCAAUGUCCAGAAGUGUUGCAUGCAUACUGGAAUCUCAGUUAUUAAAAAUGUGUUGGCAUUUUCAAAACACCUGUGCAGUUGGUGGCAGGAGUAGAAGGAUAUUGACUAAAGGUAGGAAGCCAGGGGAAAGUUUCCACUGUCAGUGUUGGAAAAUCAUUUUUUAAAAGCACACAGCUUUUAAAGGUGCAGCUGCUUUUAAUGCAGCUGGAGACUAGGCCAGCCAGGUGUCUAGGAAUCACGAGGAAGCUAGGAUCUCUAUUAGCAUAUACAGGAGUGCUUAAAUGUGGGGUACUUUGUCCACACAUACCAUGUUUCUUGCCAUAAACACUAGUGCCAAUGCUGCAAACAGAAGAAUAGAAUUAUCCAAGGCCUAACAGGAUCCUAACUAUAUAUUGUUAUGGGUUUGCUAUUGUAUUUCUGCCGGUAGGCCUGUCAGGGUGGAUUGCCUUGGGGCAAUGCUUCUACUUGACAGAUGUUAGCAGUCUACUGAUGUGUUUCCAUGGGAACGAACACCUAAACCACUUUCCUGAAUACUGAAAGGGUGAAAGGUAAAUUUCCCACUCUUCUAGACAAAGGCAGCGUAAUCCAAAUGUACCAUGUGUGCAAAGAAGAAAACUGCAGCUCAAACUGGGGGUGAAGAGAGGAGAGCUGUCUCUAAGUAGGGUCGCUGUGUAAGUAACAUUGGAUUAAUGCUGUGUCUCUGGAGAUUCAGCAUGGGAGCAGUGCACUUUGACUUUCUGAUGGAGUGUUUAAUUUCUCUCUGCCUAUGCUCAAACUGUAUAUUUGCUAAUAAAUGCAAAUCAUUUUAAUGAGCUAAUAAGCUUCCAGCAAUGCCUUUGCAUAGGGAACCAAACCUGGGUAAACACUGUUCACCCAGAACUCAGCACACAGAGGAGGGUGAGUAUAAUAUGCAGACUGGAGUCUAUCAACUUAUUAAAUGAUAAACUGCUCUUGCAUGGAGUCUGAAGGCUAUGCAAGACUGCACAUGAUGACAUCCUUCCCCAGUCUAGUGUCUUCUGGAUCUUUCGGUCUCAAACUCUCAUCAGCGCAAGCCAAAAUGUUCAGUAAUCGGAGACAAUGAAAGCCAAUAUCUGGAGGACACUCGGCUGCUAGGGAAGGCUAGCUUAUGUUAAGCCGUAGUAUUUCCUCAGAAGUUUCUUCAGAUUUCAAUGUGACCUAUUAUAUGCACAUUUACCUGGGGCUAUGUUCCAUUAAACUCUGAAGGAUCUUUCUAGACACACACACAGAGAGAGAGAAUCGUAAGGAAAGCACAGUAAGUUUUUAAAAGGUGCUUUGGUAACUCCAUAUGUUUCUUCAAAUAACUUUGGCUUGAGCCCUGACAGUAUAAAGGUUCUGGCCUGAGUUCCAGCCAACCCUGGCUCAAAUUAAAAAUGAGGCAAAGGAGAAUAUCAGGAUAUUCAGUCAGCCCUACACAGUUUUGUUGUAAAUAGAAGAAUUCCUGUUUUGUCUGUAGUCAGUUCGAACUUGUAAAGGGGCCCGAAAAACUCCUAUGCGACUCUAGCCAAGAUUUUCCUACAUAUUCAUUUGCACUCCUUUGAAGUUUGAGGAAGCUAAGAAUAAAAUUAAUCUCCAAUUUAUUUCCCUGUUAGGUUUUUCCUUUGGAACAGCUGUACUUUUAAAAAAAUGUUUCUUAGAUCUCUUCUCCCCACCCCCUUUUUUUUUUAAAAAAAAAUAAAGGGUGUACUACAGGCAAUGGCCAUUUUGCAUGGCGGUUGCAUUCCUGAUCCUUACACGUGUUGCUGGAACGUAUGUAAACCCCCUUUUUCGGUCAUUUAUGGGUUGCAGUAAUGCACUGGAAGGACAGAUCCUGAAGCUGAGGCUCCAAUACUUUGGCCACCUCAUGAGAAGAGAAGACUCCCUGGAAAAGACCCUGACGUUGGGAAAGAUGGAGGGCACAAGGAGAAGGGGACGACAGAGGAUGAGAUGGUUGGACAGUGUUCUCAAAGCUACCAACAUGAGUCUGACCAAACCGCAGGAGGCAGUGCAAGACAGGAGUGCCUGGCGUGCUAUGGUCCAUGGGGUCACGAAGAGUCGGACACGACUAAACGACUAAACAACAACAACAAUACACGUGUGCACAACUGUCAUUGCUUGUACUAUGUUGCAAUCAUUAUUGUGUGAAUGCUAUGCUGCUGCUGAUGUAUAAUUUGUCCUUCUGCUUUAAAAAGUGCUCAGAGUUGUGUGCAUAUAUAACAAAAAAAAACCCAUAAUCUUACAACAGUACUUUAAAACCAAUACCACUAGCACAAUUAGAUGCUAUACUGAAAAUUUCUACAGGCCUACCAGAUUAGAUAUAUUUUCAAUAUUUACUAAUAAAAAUAAUAUAUUGUAUAGCUAUAGCAUCUUUGGUCCUGAAUGCAAAAUAUUAGUACUCCAAAGCAAGCUGCGGGUGUCUUCCAGCUCUUUGGUGUUUGUCUAGAACAGGGGUGGAGAUCCUGCGGCCCACCAAAUGUUGAAGUUACAGGUCCCAUCAUCCCUGACCUUUGACCAUGAUGUUUGUGGCUGAUGGGAGUUGUAGCCCAGCAACCUCAGAAGUGCCACAGUUUUCCUGUCCUUGGUCUAGACUCUAAAGCAUUUACAACUUUCUUUAUCUCUUUUCUGGAAUAUUUUUAAUUAUGACAUCUCAGAAAGGAAAACAUUUUCACUGGCAACUCUCAACACAUAGAAUCUGGCUAAAUCAUCCCUUCCAGAAUAAACAGGAAUAAACAGAAAUCCAAUGUAUAGUGCUAGAGGAUGGCAUUAAGUGGAUGUUGGGAUAUUUGCAAACCUUUUUAAAAGAAGGCCCUGCAGAUUAGCCUAACAGGCUCAGAGCUCCAUAUGCAUGAUUGCACUGAAAAAAUAAUUACAAGUAAGCCAACAUCUGCCUUUGCAAGAAUAACUGGGGCCACCAGGUACUGAAUGUCCGACCAUCAUCUGCUUUCUACCAAUCCCUGAGGUAGGAUAUAUUUAUUUGACAAAUUCUUUCUUUAUUGACCUGGGGAAUAUUCAUAGCUCAGUGAUAGAGUAUUUAUUUUGUAUACAGAUUUUCGCAAGUUCAGUGCCAAGAAUCUCUGCUUAUAGCAUAUCUGAGAACGCCCUGAAGAACUGCCCCACAUCAGAGGAGAUAGUACCAGACCAGUUGUACCAAUGGCAUGACUUCUUGAAUAGGCGCUCCCGUAUGAGAGAUCUGCUUUUAAUUUAACCAGAAGCUCACCUCUACAGCUCUCUUAUGAAUUGUGAAGGGGAUGUGCAAGGGCAAAGACUUAGUCACAAGUCAAAAUACGCAAGGACCUUGUUUUGUUCUGAAAGCUUGCCGGCAAAAAAUCACUCACUUUUAAUUCACCCACAGAAUUAUGGUUUAGUACAGGCACCCCCAAACUGCGGCCCUCCAGAUGUUUUGGCCUACAACUCCCAUGAUCCCUAGCUAACAGGACCAGUGGUCAGGGAUGAUGGGAAUUGUAGUCCAAAACAUCUGGAGGGCCGAAUUUUGGGGGUGCCAACCUUCUCAAUGUAAAUCAAAUCCAAACUGCUUGAUCGUAUGGCUUGUUAACUAUUAACACUUUUCUUCUUCUUCCCAAAUUGCAACAGCCAUUGGGUAAGAGCAAUGCGCUGUGAAUAUUAUUUGUCCCCCUCCAUUGAUUAAAAGUUACAUCAUGGCUUGCUGGGCCUAAGGGAAACUAAAUCAAGGGCGGGUGGGUGGAGGAGAAUAAAUCAACUCAUUAAAUUUUGAUCCUGGUUAGACGGGCUUCUCUUGGCCAUGUUUGGAAGACAGGCCUCCUGCCAAGGCACUGCUACUGCCGAGACUCUGGAUGGGAAAGCUUUCGUUCCCAAAACACUUCAGAGCAAAGGUUAGAGCAGAAGGGCUCUGCUUGUUUGUUUGUAGGGAAGAGGCUGAAUGAACACAGCAGAAUUUAUGAAUCAGAGGUUUUCAUUUGGGGGUCAGAGGUCUCUGUUCUAACAAGACCAGGUGUUUGAAAGAACAUUUUUAAUGUACACCUCGCAAACAGCAUGUGUCAGAGGGACAACCAUGCACUUUGAGAAAGAUAUCACAAAGGUACACAAACAGGAGAUGCAGGACAGGCUAAAAUCAAUUCUGUCAGGUGUCUGCAUGGUGUCAGACUUGAGCUUGUGCUGUAAGAAACAUACAGUCAAGAUCUAAUGCUAGUAUUUUGUAGAAACUUAGCAGGAAUGUUCAUGGGUACCAUUUGUAGGCUAGACUAGAACUUUAAAAGGGAUGGUCCAAAAAUAUACAGAAUAGGUCAUGAGGGUAUUGUCAUUUUUAUUUGUUGAAUUUCACACAUUGUGUGUGGCAACAAACCCUGUCUAAAAUGUCAUGUUACAUUGCAUCAUAGAAAUAAACAGGCACGCAAGAACGACAUUCUUGCUGAAUAAUCUGUGAAUAAAAACAUAUUUUGUUUAUUUC